AUGAGACUCAUCCGAGCACACGAUGGGGUCGCAUUCGACUUCAGCCAGCAGCAUCUCGACACCAUCGACUGUCUCGCGGCCUUCUUCCAGCUCAUCGCAGACACCAUCCAGAUCGACCCCAGCCAAAUCAUCCUCAUGAACCCCCUCGGCUCACAGCUCACCCAGAACCUGCUCAACGCAAUCAUCCAGCAGCAGCCCAAAACAACCGAAAACCACAGCGAAAUCGACAUCGAAACACAGACCAACGAUACCCUGCUCUACGCCUUCGACAGACAGUUCCUCUCAGCCGACCCCUCAGAGGCCCUCGCCGCACUAGCCUGCCAGCCAGACCAUCUCCUCCAACCCAAACCAUCCCCACUCGACCCAGACAACCCCAGCCAUCUCGCGCCAGACCAGCUCGAGCGGCUCGCACUCGACUACCACCGCGUCGGCGCCACCCAUCUCCGGACCAGCCUCCUCCUCCUCACCCACGUCCGCGCACAGAAAGCCGCCCUCCAGGUCGCACUCAACAACCUCGACAAGUGUCGCGAACCCCCCAAGGGCGCCCUCGAAGCAUACCAGACCUUCGCCCAGCCGCUCGUACAGGACUAUGGCCAGCUCCUCCAAGCCUUCGGCCCCUCCUUCGCCCUUGCCAAGCGGGUCAAGAUCCACCCCGCACUCCUGCCUACCAACGCCCUCCUCAAAUCUCACUCGGCCGCCAGCCAUCCUGGUGGUGGUGGUGGUGGUAGCACUAGUAGUAGUACCACCACCACCACCACCACCGGGAUCAUGAAGGUCAAAUAUAUGGGCGACUAUGUGAUGGAGGAUAAGAUCUUGCAGAUCAGGGAUAAGUGUCUCAAAGUCUAUGAUGAUUUCGGGACUAGGUUCGAGAUGAUCCGGGCUCGGUCGGCCGAGGUGAACGAGGGGGCCGCCAAGCUGAGAGACGAACUCAACGGGGGAGACUGCGACCUGGAAGAUCUGUACGAGCUCGAGAAGGAUGCCGACGAAGGCUUCCGGAGGAUCGAGGAUCUGACGGCCCAGAUCACUCACAUGGUCCGACAAGGCGACCCAAUCGACAGCGUCAUCGAUUCUUUCGCCGAGCUGAUUGUACUUGAUGACGACUCGAGAGAACGGAUACAUUGUCUGAUCGAACGCAAGAACUUCUGGCUUCAUUAUCUCGUUGGCGGCCUCAAUCAGAUCUCCCGCUUGCAGAGUAUCAUCCCAAGCAUCGGUAUCGAACUCCAGGCUCUGAAUACCGAUCUCAAAACCCGCACAGAUCCCUUUCGAUAUCUCGCUCGUCUGAAAGAUUUCGUCACGGCUUAUGCCUCAACGGUAGUAGAGGUGGUACGGCGCCGCGAAUAUGCUCGUCAUUUGGCAGAUUAUGCAUCGGCUCUCAACAACCUCGUCUCUAAACUUGCGAACGAUGAGCGCAGGCGGAGGGGAGUCUACCACUCCGAAUAUGCAGGAAAGUUACCCUUUGCGGUCGAUGGGCUUGAUGACAAGAGUGUGCCGACGAUCGAAUUUGAGAUUCGAUACAUCGGUGGGGGUGGGGCUAUCCUACCCAAAUCAAGGGACACUACUGGCAAGCCUGCUUCAAUCACCGGAGCUGACUUACCUCCCCUGACGAGGGCGGAUGUAGACGAGCUGGUUGCUGGAUUGCAGAACAUCGAGGAAUCCUCUCACACAGAUAGCUUCUCCCCUCAAGUCCCUGCAAGAGAGGUCCGGCUUUUGGUUGAGAAGCAAUUCAGUAGACUCGAAGCCAUGGAAAAUGCCUUUGCACUUGCUGUCGAAAAAUUCGUGAUGUCAGAGAGUGAAUCGUGCAUAGCUGGCCAACCUGCUGACGCGGAAGAAGUGUCGCAAUUGAAGACUCGGGUAGCUGAACUAGAAGCUGCCCAAGAAAAUUUAACGGAACGGCUCCGGGUCGAAAGUACUGCAGCAAUCACCGCCUCCCGGAAAGCCCAGCAGGAGACUCAGAUACAGAUUCGGAAAACUGAAGAUCUCAAACUUCAGCUGCUGAGCGUCAAGGAAGAGGCCCGUCACGAGAAGGAACGACUCACCCAGGAUCAGCAGCCAUUGAUUACCGAGCUUGCCAAUGCCAGCGGGACCAUCGAAAGAUUGAACGAGCGGAUCGGCCAGCUGGAAGACGAACUGAAAGCUCGGACUAAAUCAUUGCAAGACACCGAAAGACAGGUCACUUCGGCAAGGGCCACGGCGGACGAUGCGACUCGCGAGCUGCAUGACCUCGAGGCUCGUCAUCGAGACCACGUCUCGGACCAUGAGAUUGUUCUGAACCGACUCCAACAAUCGCGUGAUCGAUGUACAGAGUUGGAAAGGGCGCUCACCGAGUCCCAGAGUCGGAACCAGACCCUAUCUGGUCAAGUUGAAGAGCAAACUCAACUGAUCGCUCGUCGCUCCACCGAAGCACAAGAGCUGAGGGAACACAUGGAGAAAGAAAUUUCGGAGCUCAAAGCGCGACUGGAGGACGAAAAACAACAAAACUGCAAUCUACAAAAUAAAGUCACUCAGCAGGAGAUCGAGAUGGCUCACAUCACUCAACAGUCCAAAUUACUUGCCGAAGCUCACACUGCCGCUGAAUCACGCUGGAAGGAAGAGACCACAGCAUCUACGUCCUGUUUGGAGAAUCAUUGUCUCAAGGCCGUCCAGGCGUUGAAAAGCUACCAACAGGUUCAUCGGACUGUCAAGAAUAAGAUCGUUAACAUGCCCCGGCCGGGCUCUAGCCAGAAAACGGCUGUGACAAACGGUUCGAGUACUGCCCCUGCUCAAGCACAGCAAACCGGGGGAGAAGCUGGCAGUUCAGACAACUCAGCCGGCGUUGACUCGGGCUCGAAUAGUGCCAAAGAAGAACAAGAGCUGCCCUCGCCCCUGUCUCCCGAGUUCGAGGCGCUCCUCCAAAGCUUGUUGCAGUUCGAUCACGAAUCGAUGGUCGACGUCGUCCAGCAGAAGCUCGAUCAACUCUCAGGCUCGAUCCGUAAAUGGAUGAAAGACUGUAAAGGGUAUCGCGAACGGGCCAGUCGGUCCCAGGAGCUAGCUCAAAUUAAAAUCACUUUCAGAGAGUCAGUCUCCAUUCUUCUCUACACACAGAUCUCACCAUCAUCAUCAUCCAAAUUAAUACUUUCAUGCCACAGCUUUGCAAAGGGCGACUUGGCCUUAUUCUUGCCCACCCGAAACCCCUCAGCUCAAGUCUGGGCAGCUUUCAACGUCAGCUUUCCCCACUACUUCUUGAAAACAAGUGAAGUGGUGGCUCCUAUUAUCAAAUCUCGUGAAUGGCUCGUGGCUAGGAUUCUCUCGCUGACUGAAAAUAUGGUCGAUCCCAAGGAGCCAGAAACCAAUCCAUUCCAGCUUCCAAGUGGGACGCGAUAUUUCAUGUUGGAGGUUGAGCCCUGGAGCGUCGAGAAAACUUCGCGACGAAUGGCCCAAUCGAUGAUCGGUGGUGACAGUCCUGCCCGCCCCAGGAUACAGAACCAGAUGAGAUCGACGACCCUCCCUUCUUCGCAAACUGCAGCUCAAGCCUCUCCCUCCGCACUGUCGAAAAGAGCAAGUUUUGCUGUCGAGGCUGAUUCUAGUGCUCGAGUUGAAGAGACGAAAGUAAGUGGACCGGCAGAGCCUGCUCAAGCUUCGUCGGAUCUUCUUCUCGAAUCCACUUUGGAGAUCCCAGCCAACACUUCUAAUCUCGAUCUCAAUCAAUCCGAAUACACCGUCAUCGAUCGUGCUUCGUAUCCUGUCGCCCCCGACCCCUCUUCCUCCGACUCGCCCUUCCGGACCAGUCUGAGUUCAUCGAUCCUCCCCAUCAGGGCCGGCCCUUCUGGGCUCUCACUCAGCCUCAAGAGCUACCACAAGUCGCCUCUUGGCCCGACGCGCCCAUCGGGCGAUUCCCGUGUGCUGCAGCCGCUGGCCGAGGCCGAGGGCGCGCCGGAAUUCAAGCCCUCGGAAUCGGCCCGCCCGGCGUUCCUGGCCAGCCUCUCGCUCGCCGGCUCUUCGUCCUCCUCCCCGAAUACGCGUCUUAAGCCGAGCAGCGGCUUUCAGCCCCCCUCGAAGCCCCGCUCGCGGCCGGUUCCCAAGGCGCCUGGCGCCUCGCGCUCGUCGAGUCGCGCGCCGUCGAUCGCCUCCUCAUCGGCGAACCUGAACCCGGCGGUGAAGGCCUUACUGAUGUCGGGCUCGCCCUCGAGCAAAGGCCCGUCGACGGUGUCGACCACGUUCACCUCGAUGGAGAAGGGCCCGGGUUCGAGCCAUCAUCCGUCGCGCUCAUCCAGUGGGACAGCCGGCGAGCCCGACCUCCCGCAACAACACUACCAGCAGCACGUCGUCGGCCUGGCCCAGAUCAUCAAGCCCCGCUCUUCCGCCGGCUCGCCCGGGACGAUGAGCAGCGUGAUCGAGCUCGCCCGGCGCAGGCUCAGCUUCUCGAGCCCCUCCUCGGUCCCUACACCUGCCCCGCCCGCAAACGGAAGCCAGAAUAACAGCCUCGGAAGCUCCUCCGGAUCCGCCCUCCUCAUCAAUCACUCCCCACGCGCUGCUUCGACACUGCCGGCCAUCGAGUCCGCGCACUCGCCUGCAGCCCUCGGCUCGUCAGCCCUCCUCGGUAGCCCUCUCUCUUCCGGACCAUCUGGAGGGGGAGGGGGCCUGACCGGGUCGGGCUUCUUCUCGGUCUGGAGACGCAGGAAGGAGUCCUCCCCUACCGCGCUCCCGCCCCACUCCGCCCCCCCUCCUUCAAUCUCUACAACAACGUCAUCAACGGCCCCGCUGCCGACGCCUGCUGGUCACCAAGCCCACCAUCUCCAGGCUGUCCAUUCCCCGUCCGCUGCGGCAUCCGCUUCGGGAUCCUCGUUCGUCGCCGCGUCUGAUCUGCUGAAGCGGUUCAGCGCCGGGGGCCCGGGGCCAUAG